AUGAAGGUCUCCACCGUCAUCGCCAUCCCCGUCGCGUUCGCCAUCGGCGCCUCAGCCCAGCUGGCCCAGUGCCAGGCUGCCUGCCGCGGUGGCGAGGAAGCUGUCAACCGUUUUUGCCGCGGUCUCAGAGAUGCCCGGCUCCGUGCUGGGUGCUGGGCCCUUGCCCUGGCUGUCGGAUCUCCUGCUGGACAGACUGCCUGCCUCAACUGGUGCUACUGGCAGUACGGAGCCCUCAAGCGCGACGUUUUGGAUGUCUUGGAGGCUCGUAACGAGGUUUCGCUUGCCGGUGAUUUUGCUUUGACUGGAUUGGAGGCUGAGAAGCGUGCUGUUGAGGUGGAGUGGACUGCCUAA